GUGGAUUCUUCAAUGCCGGAUGUGCAACUACGGCCAUUGCUCUUGCAAAGGAUGUUGGGAUACUCAAAAUCCUCUUGGAGGCUGAUGUACCGCUGACGUCGGAUGAUAUUUCCACGUGUGGGAGUCUAAAAGAGAGGUGUGCGCUAUGCCGCUUUUCCUGUCGCUUUCGACAUCAUGCGCGAGUUGCGAGUGUUCAGCCAGGACACCCUGCUGGAGGAGUUUGUACUUGGCGUGGUGCCCGGACUUCCUAAGCGGCUAGAUAAGGGUAUAAUGGCAGCAGAACUGGGGUGUGGCUAUGGCAUCCUAGCUUCUAAUUUGGCUCAACGAUAUCCAGCAACGACCUUUAUCGCCAGUGACGUGGUUGAUGAGCUGCUGGAGACUGCACGACAAGCAGCAUCUGUGAAGGGCCUCACAAACCUCCAUUUUGAACGUCAAGACAUUUAUGACCUCCCUGAUACAUAUAUGAACAAAUUUGAUUGGAUAUUAGUUCGUGACGUCAUUCAUGACCUGCCUCACCCUGAUCGAGCAUUGCGUGCGAUCUACCGGUCCCUGAAGCCCGGGGGAGAGCUGAGCCUCCUGGAAAAGGGCGUGACGGGAACAUUAUCAGAGAAUGUUGGCAACAUGGGCGUCUGUUCCCUGUAUACUCUGAGUACCUUCAGCUGCGUGCCUGAGAGCUUCCAGCACCCCGACUCCGCCGCCCUAGGAGCUGCAUGGAAUGUCUGUCAGGCCAGGGAAAUGAUAGAGAGGGCGGGUUUCACGCUGGUCAAAGAGUUCCAUAAUGAAAAGAAUAAGCAGGAUGUUCACUACAUCUGUCGAAAAUGAUCUUUUGAUUUCAUAUAUGUCUUAGAUAGACACGAUAUAUGUCCCGCUAUAACUGUACAAUCUGUCCUUCCAGGGUUCACUUACCAACGUCCCAGAUCAGCAACUAGUUGCCAUGCCUGAGCUUGAUUUAAACCAUAUCCAGACAAGGAAUAAUCCAACAAAUACGUGACAUCUGUUAACCAGCCAUGAAUGUUGUAACUUUAUUGUUUCAAGUCAAUUAAAACUCUUCAUGAACA